CGAUGAAGACGAAAUUGUACAAUAACACAAUCUCAUUCCCAAGCUAUGAGCAUUUUGCGUCAGGAAUAAUCUUGGCCACGUUCUCCUCCUUGAUAUUCGUGGCAGCCUGUGCUCUGCUUUUGUUGUAUUACUGGAAAAGAAUUGGUCGAGCCAUGGUGGAGACAAGGAUUGGCGUCGUCUUAUUGUUCCUUGGUGCUCUGCUCACAACCCUUCUAAGUCUAGGAUUUUAUGUCCACCUGAAAGUGUACGGUAUCUAUAGGCUUUUAUUGGUGAUUUUUGUAGGAGUGGUCUUCCUGUGGGCUGGAACUAUGGUACUCUUUAAUAUCCCAGGCAAUGCUGCUAGUGGUGACGACGAUCGUCGACCUUUGAUCCCCGUAGGCCACACUAACGGAAGUAUGGGGAUAGUCAUGUGGGUUAUUGCCUUGCCUCUUUGUGCACUUGAAAUGUUAUUUAGUAUCGGUGGAUUUAAGUCUAAAGCGCCUAUUUAUGCGUCGGUAAAAUUCGUUUGUUUGGUACAGAAGCUCGUUCAAGCCUCUAUCUACCACUUCAGUUUACGUCAUAAAAUACCAAGAUACUCGAUGCGAAUGGGUUGUUCAUGGUUCUUGAAAACGAUUUCACUAUUUAAUUUUGCUAUGUGGAUCGACUCCAUCGUCACCACCCACACUGAUAACGCCUUUGUCAUGGAGCUUUUUGGAGAUGGUUUCUCUAUCGUGAAAACUGUCUACAAUACCCUCAUUAUUGAUUACCGACUUCUCUGCAGCAUCUUGUUUCUGGAGCAUGCGCUUGAAAUUGAGGGAAAUGAAGCUCAUGAUGGUCAUAAUAUGAAUCAUCAUCAACAGAUCGAAGACUCCAUCCACAAUGACAAUGCCGUACAAACACAACAAGCUGGGAUGAUUGAAGACGUUCAAACCCGUCAUUACUCCGGUUAUGGCCAUGUCAUUGGACUGGUUUGCAUCUGCGUCCAGUUAGUCAACGGAUUACAAUAUAUGGACUUGGUGGGAACCUGGACCAGCAUUUUUCCAAUCCUUUGUAACAUCGUUGUUAUCGUUACUGAACUGAUUCUAGUAAAUGGAGAGACCUUAAGCCUAUCGGAAGACGAUAACUUGAUCAGAUGGCGGGAAACCGAGUCUAAAGCAAUAGAUGUGAUGAUUGGCUUUAUGGGAGCUAUCGGGUUUGUCUACCGAAUCAUGAAGACGUCCUUCUGCUUAAUCUGGAGUUCCCAAGCACGAGGCGAGCUGCAAACCUACCUCAUCUGGAAUUCUUCGAAAGAAGCUGCACGCGCGAUCAGUGUGGUUUUUCAGCUUUACGUCUUCGUCAAGGUGGGUCCUCAUUUUUGUCAAGAGGCGCGAAACCAAAGAAGAAGCAUUUGCCAUCUUCUAGUUCCCGCUGUCAUGCUCGGUCUUCUGUCUACCUUCAUAUCUUGUACCAUUGAUCAGUACCAUGGGCAAAUCGAAUAUCUGAUCAACCACUCCCAACUUGACCCGUCUAUGACCUCCUUCUUCAAUGCUGCAGCACCUAUUCACCUUGGCUUCUCUCUGCACAUGUUUCUGCAUUUUUACAUCAUCAAGCGCAAGAUGCGAAGAACAACAGCAAUUGUUCGUCCAACGCGUAGAGUCCAAGUCGUUGAAAGAAAAUCGAUCAACUCCGAUCUGGGAGAAAGGGAGCCUCUUUUGUCGAUGAUUGAAGACCGUUGAAGAGCAUGACGGACCCUUUGCCUUGAAUUAUUUUGGUGUAAAAAUUAAACUGCAGAAAAAUAAAUAAAAAUAAAAUUUUAA